AUGACGCAAAAUUCUAAAGGUUCGAAACGUAACUUCAUAGCUGGUGUGUUUGGAUCUCAAACAAAUUUAAGAGAUGAAUUUUCUUUAGAGGAGAACACUCUUCCUGAAGAGAUAGAAACUAGUGGACACUUUCGUAAUGUAGCAUUAAUAAGAGGCCGUCCAAUUGAUACAAAAUUACUUGUUCAAGAAUUGCAAAAGCCUCAUUCAUUAGAUACAUAUAUAAAACUUGUUGAAGAAUUAUGCGACAUGGUUACGAAAUACACGUUUUCAGAUAUUACAGAAGUUUGGGCUUGUGUUAAAAAGCUACUUUCAUCUGACAUGCCAACUGAUGCAAGAAAUACUGCAUUUAAAUUUAUGAUCUCAUGUAUUAAAGGACAUUUUGAUAAUUUAGGAUUCCUAAGGGUCAUAUUUUAUGAUUGUAUCAAAUUUCACGAUGUUUCAGAAGAUUUUAAUAUUAGAUUGUUGGCAUUGAAAGAACUUUGUCAAGAUGGAAGAAAUAUUUCUUCUUUUGAAAAAAAUCUUGUCAAAUUGCUCUCAGAAUGGCCUCAUUCAUUAGAUACAUAUAUAAAACUUGUUGAAGAAUUAUGCGACAUGGUUACGAAAUACACGUUUUCAGAUAUUACAGAAGUUUGGGCUUGUGUUAAAAAGCUACUUUCAUCUGACAUGCCAACUGAUGCAAGAAAUACUGCAUUUAAAUUUAUGAUCUCAUGUAUUAAAGGACAUUUUGAUAAUUUAGGAUUCCUAAGGGUCAUAUUUUAUGAUUGUAUCAAAUUUCACGAUGUUUCAGAAGAUUUUAAUAUUAGAUUGUUGGCAUUGAAAGAACUUUGUCAAGAUGGAAGAAAUAUUUCUUCUUUUGAAAAAAAUCUUGUCAAAUUGCUCUCAGAAUGGGUUAAUCAGACUGUACAAAUUAUGGAUCAACAAGCAAUUAAUUUUGAACCUAUAUCAACAAAAUUACAAACAAAAACAUCCACUUCAUCCUCAACAGCUGAGGAAUCAUCGUCAUCAUCGUCAGAUGUAACUUUAGAUCAUUUUAAUACAACUAGAUUACAGUCAGUUGUUAGUUUAUUGGUCAAUGUGGUCAAAUUUAAUUUUCCACAAUUUGAAGAACAUGAUAUUGCACAUCUUAUCGAAGACAUUGCCAAAGCAUGUAAAAAAUCUUUACAUAACUCAGAUAUUGAAUGUUGCCUUAGUUUUUGGGAUGUUAUUGUACCUUACGGCUUUGUACCAAUCUCAUCACUCAAAUCUUAUGUAGAAGUGUUAUGUGACAAGCUUAACCAGGAUGUUAAAAUAUCACAAACAUGUUGGCGUAUUAUGAAAAAUUUAUUGAAAAGUCAUUGUAAAUAUAGCACAAUAAAAAUUCUUUGUAAUAACUUGGAGAAUCCUGCAAUGUCAAAUUAUUUGCAAAUUUUAACUGGGUCUGUACAAUUUUUAGGAUGGGCAAUAUGGGGUUCCAAUCAAAAUGAUUUAUUUUUGAAUAAUUAUUCCUCAGCAAUUUCAGCAAUGAGACAAGCAACUCUUACAUGUAAAGAUGCUCAAGUUCAUUGUGAGAUCUUAAUUCAAAUCAGAGAACUUAUUACUAAGUUUGAAGAAAAAAUAGCCACUUUAGAAUGGGACAUCAUAUUAAAUAUUUUAGAUAAUACUCGUUACCAUUUAUUAAAAGCAAAAAAGUUUUCUGUUAAUACUGAUAUUUCAAAUAUUUCAAAUGAUGAUUCAAAUCAGCCAUCAAGUAUAGUCAAUAUUUACAGCAGAUUGAUAUUCCAAAUUCAGGCUUCACAUAUGUCAAAUUCAUUUAAAGGAUCAAUUUCACAUUUUAUUUCACUGAUACAAAGUCUGCACGAUUAUGUUUCAGAAAGUACUAUUUUAAUGUUACUUGAUUAUUAUAAUUACGAACAUGAGCUUUAUCCUUCAUCACCAAAUUGGUUAAGUAUGCUUGAUGAUGUUGUUAAAACCUUUUAUAUUCAAAAUUAUUCAUCAAUAGUCCGUCAGAAAGUUUUAGCAAUGGUUAUUGAUGUAUACGAUAUUACAAAAGAUUUUUAUUAUGAUCAGGUCAUAGAAAUUGCAAUCUUGCCAAUGUUUGCUAGACUUCCUGAAGAAACUGAUUUAGAAGUGUCAAAUUCAACAAUAGCCUUUUUGAUUACGGUAAUAAAGGAGGUGCCAGAUAAAUGGUUUCCAGAUUUACUUAAAAUUUUGGUCAAAUGUACUAAUUGUGUUUGUGUUUCAGAAAAUAAGCAAAAUACCAAUAAAAUAAAGGAUAGAGAUCAUUUGGAUUUAUGUAAAUCUAUUAUUUCAACUGAUGGUCUAAUUAUGGUCUUUCAACAUUAUUUAUAUAAUAUAGAUCAUAUCUCUAAAUUGAUAAAAGUUUAUUCAGAGAUGAUGAAAAUUCUGUCGGAUGUAGGAUUACUGGCUGAUUCUCGUUUUACUUUACUAUCAUUCUUUAUUAGGAUGAGGGCAAAUAGUGAUCGUCAAAUAUAUUUUGUUGAGGAUUUAGAUGUUGGGAAUGUAGUACAAGCUUUAAGAAGAUGUGAUUUGGUAACUAAUAAUACUUCAAACAUUUCAGAAGAACCAGCAAAUAGCACCGAAAUAAAAAGAAAAGGUAGUGUGAAGAAAAGGGUGGGGCGUAGAGCCAGCUUGAAGGACAUAGCCUCAUCCAUAUUUGACAGAAAAGAAACUACCAAACAAACGGCUACCCUUGAAGAUAAUGAAGAAAUUUCAGGAUAUCAGUCUCCUAAAGUAACCAAAACUCUUUGGAAAGCACCAGAGGUUUUAAGAUUUAUACUGACAGCUCAUCAACCUAGUCCUUAUGUACUUAGUUUUGAAAGAAUCUCAAAUCUCAUUGAUGAUGAUAGAAAUAUAAGUAAUAAAGAGAGUUCUGAUGAAACUUUGAAAAAUAGUAAUGUUAUUUUACCAGUGGAUAUGUAUUUGAAAUGUUUAAUAGACAUUUUGUCACAAGAAAAAAAUUGGGAAAUAUAUUCUUAUAUUUUAUGUUAUUUGCCACUACAAUUAUGUGACAAAAAUUUAUUUUAUAAUUCAUCUAAAGAAAUUUUAGCAUUGAGAAGCUGUUUGUGUGAUUGGAUAAUUAAUAAUCGGCUUGCAGAAAAGGUUUCACUCCCAUCAGAUAUUAAAAAAAUGGAUGUUUAUGUUGCAACUUAUCAAAUGUUAAUAAUUCUUAUUAGUUAUAAUAGCUUAUUUAAUAAUAAUCAACGUCAUGAGCUUCUAUUAGCUUUCCACACUGGAUUAUAUAAAUGGACUCUUACGGCAAAGCCAUGUAUACAUGCACUAAAUGUUUGUCUAUAUGAACUACCAUAUUAUUUAAAAAGAUCUCUUCCAGACAUACUUGCCCAAUUGUCAAAGAUAAUAACAACAACUACUAUGAGUGUUCAUAUUCUUGAGUUUCUUUCAAGUUUAGCAAGACUUCCUGAUUUAUAUGUGAAUUUUACAGAAGCAGAUUACAAAAUAGUAUUUAGGAUAGCAAUGCAAUAUAUUGGAUACAGUCACCGUAAUUCCAAUACCACUAAUUCAAUUAAUAGUAAUACUGGUAGUCAUUUUUCCACCACAUCUAAUACACAUGUACCAACAACAUCACCUGCAAAUUCUACAAAUACAAACAGUUCUACGUCAUCUCAAAGUGUCAAUUCUUUAUCACAAUAUGAAAAAAUUAUGGCAUAUCAAGUAAUUUAUCUUUGGUUUAUUUCACUUAAACUCCCUGAAAGACGAAGAUAUGUCAACUUUAUUGUUCAUGGAUUAUUGAUCGCAAAUGAAUCUUCACAGAAAAUUGAUGAACAAACUGAAACAUGCUUUGAUAUGCUUGCUCGUUAUUCAUUCGCUAAUUGUAAUCCAAAACCUGAACAGUCUUUUAUAAAUCAAGUAUUACAAGAUCAAGGAAAAGAUAAAUUUAUAUCACGUACUUGGGUUCAAGGUAAUACAUUUUUGACCAUCAGAACCUUAAAGUUAUUUGGAUGGGCUGAUAUAAUAAUAAGAAGACCAUCUGGUACAGUAUCAUUUUUAUGUAGAUUGGAGAAUCAUAUUAAAAAUGAAAACAAGGAUGCUUUGAGCUUACCAGCCACUCUAAUAGCACACUAUAAUCCUGAGUAUCAAAAUCAAACCACACUCCCUAAUUCUAUAAAAAACUUAAUAGCUCAAAAUGUAAAUCUUAAAAUAAAUAACAGCAAAGGAUUAAGUGUUUUUAAAGAUUAUCCAAGACCACUUCCAGAUGAUGAUUCUACUAUUAGGACUUUAACAGUUUUGGAUAAUAUACCAGUUGUUGAUUUUCAUAAGAUUGGUGUAUUAUAUGUAGGAAAAAAUCAAAAUAAGGAAACAGAAAUUUUGUCAAAUAUUCAUGGAUCUCAAGAUUAUACCAAAUUUUUAAGCAGUUUAGGAACUUUGAUUAAACUAAAAGAUUGCAAGAAUGUAUACACAGGAGGACUUGAUACAAAAUAUGAUACUGAUGGAGAUUAUGCAUAUUAUUGGCAAGAUGAUAUCACUCAAGUUAUAUUUCAUUGUGCAACUUUGAUGCCAACAAAUAUGAUUGAUGAUCCACAAUGUAAUCUUAAAAAACGACAUAUAGGAAACAAUUAUGUUACUAUUGUUUAUAAUGAUUCAGGAGAUACCUAUGCUUUUGACACUUUGCCAGGUCAUUUUAAUCUGAUUAACAUUGUGAUUUCACCACAUUCUUAUCAAGAUUUAUUUGAAUCAAAAAUGCCAUCAACAUCUAAUCAUAAAUUAUUUUAUAAAGUUGUAAUGCAGCGUCGUUCUGAUAUGCCAGAGAUAAGUCCAAUUACUGAAUUUAAAAUGAUAUCAGCAGUGUCACUAGCAUCUUUUGUUCGUGAAAUGGCAUUAAAUGCUAAUAUAUUUACACAAAUCUUCUUAAAGAGUAGAGUAGGUAAUAGAGAUGCAGAAUAUGUUUCUAACUGGAAGGGUCGUUUGAAACAAAUUAAAGGAGUCAAAGAACGUUUAUCUAAAAAAAAUUCAACAACUAAUGUUACUGGAGGAAAUGAUAGACAACAAUUUGAUAUUAAUUAUAGCAUUGAAAAUAAUUCCUUACUGGAGUCAGAAUAUGUUUUUGACUUUACUCAAUAUACCUAA